AGUCCAUCUGCCCUCAAACAGCAUUUCAGCUCGGCUUGUCCCUCUUUGUUGUACGUAAAAGACUUCAAGUGUCGAGUCCGGAUCAUCCUCAUAUAAACAGCAGCACAGCCAGAAGACUCUGACUUCAUAGCGGGUUUACAGCUAUGGGUUCUUCAGCGAAAAGCAGCAGUCCCAUCACUACACAUGUGCUGAACACUGGGGACGGGGUCCCAGCGGCAAGAGUGGCCCUCAGUCUACACCGCCUGGACCCUCGCAUGGCCAUCUGGAGCCUCAUAACUAUCGGGAACACAAAUGAGGAUGGACGCUGUCCAGGACUAAUAACCAGAGAUGCCUUCACUCCAGGAUUGUACAAGAUCCGCUUUGAGACGGGCCAGUACUGGGAGAGUUUGGGACAGUCCAGCUUUUACCCAUAUGUCGAGAUUGUCUUCACUAUAAGCGAUGCUGAUCAGAGCUGUCAUGUGCCAUUGCUGGUCAGCAGAUACUCAUACAGCACCUACAGAGGGAGCUAGAGAGCAGCCAACUACACAAACACUGGAUUCACUAAACAUUGUUUGCAUUUGUCAAGGCAUCCUCAGAAAUAUGAGUUUCACAUUCUAAUGGGGCCAAGAAAUCACCUCAAGCAGCAGCUUUCAACUUAAACACCCCAGCACAAUUUUCUGAAUGUUGUCAUGUUGCUGUUUGUUCAUUAUUCUUUAGAAAUAUAUAUAUAUAUAUAUA